GUGACAGUAUCGUUCGAGUUUUUCAUGUGACAAGUAAUUAUAGUCUUAGCACUCAGUUAAAAAAAUAGUUAAAAAAUAUUCAUCGCAAAACUAAAUAUACUUCUACACAAUGGGAUGGCAAGAUAUUUACAAUUAUUACAUACUAGAAUCAUCGAAGCCACUAACUCGCAAUUGGCUGUUUAUAAGUUCACCUUUCGAAGUUAUAUUUAUAACUCUUGCUUACUUGUAUUUCGUUCUUAGUUUUGGUCCUCGCUACAUGAAAAAUAAGCCACCAUAUAAGCUGAAAACCUUCAUAUUAGUCUACAAUAUAAUUCAAAUAUUGGCAAAUAUUUGGAUAGUAAAAGAACACAUAUCUAGUGGUUGGUUUUCGAAAUAUACUUUUACAUGUUCUAUACCAGAUCCAACUUCGCCUACUGCGAUUAGACUCUUCAAUAUGGUGUGGUGGCUUCUAUUAUUGAAAUUUUUUGAUUAUUUUGAAACCUGUAUAUUUGUGUUAAGAAAAAAACAGAAUCAGGUUUCCGGUUUGCACGUAUACCAUCACGUGUCAAACGUAACUUUCACCUGGUAUUUUUUAAAAUAUAUGUUAGACGAAAGAACAACAUUUAUUUCCUUGAUUAAUUGUUUCGUGCAUGUAAUUAUGUACAUUUAUUAUUUUCUGGCUGCGUGGAGUUCAAAUCUUCAAAAAAGUCUCCUCCCUAUUAAACCAUAUGUAACAAGAAUACAAUUGAUACAAUUCUUUGCAAUAUUAUUACUAAGCACGCAAAUUUUAUCGUCUUCCUGUGACACAAGAGGAAAUGGACACAUAGCUAUUAUUUUUAUUAUAAAUAUAAUGAUAUUUAUUUAUUUAUUCUUUGAUUUUUAUAAAAAAAAUUAUAUUAUACCGAAACUAAAACAACAAUAAUAUUUAUAUAAUAAUUAA